UUUCGGUUGAGCUGUACGCGACUUGGUCAGUGGGCAAUCGGCUACGUGGCGCCGGACGGAAACGUUUAUCAGACGAUCCCUCAGAACAAGUCGUUGAUCCAGGCGUUGAUCGACGGCUCUCGAGAGGGUUUCUACUUGUAUCCAGACGGCAGGAACGUGAACCCUGACCUGACAUGGGCGUUGCAGCCCAGUCCCGAAGGUCACGUCAAGGUUACGCCUGAACAGUACGAGAUCUACUGCGAGAUGGGCACCACGUUUCAGUUGUGCAAGAUCUGCGCCGAGAACGACAAAGACGUCAAGAUCGAGCCUUGCGGUCAUUUGCUCUGCACGCCAUGUCUCAUCAGUUGGCAGGAGUCAGAAGGCGGUGGCACUUGUCCCUUUUGUCGCUGCGAAAUUAAAGGCACCGAGUCGAUCGUUAUCGAUGCUUUUGAACCUCGUCUGAACCUCGCUGCCACUCAGCACCAGAGUAUCCAUAUUGCAACGGCUAAGCUAAUCGAGCCCGUCGCAGAAGUACGAUUAUUAUCAAUACGCACAUUAUGCUUCGUAAAUAAAACCUAGAC